CAUCAAGAGAAGGGAUAGAUGCUAAUCAGUAGGACUGCAUCCAGCAACCAGAAUAUCAACUAGUGAUGCUUGUACCUGCCUGGACACACACUUCAACCAUCCAGCUCCCUUUAAAAAGCACAUUUUGCAAAUAAAUCCAGUGUCUAUUUCAGACAGUGUACGCUAAAGGACUGUGACUGAUUUUCCAACAAAGCCUACGUGAACGAGGCACCCACAUCCCAUUCUCCCUCAUGAUGCAUUGGGUUCCUGUGAAAAGAAAACAGUCGGGAUGAAGGCAGAAGAAUGUUGGAUUUCUGGAUCAUUACUUCAUUUCCAUAAUGGGAAUUUGCCCAGUGUACUUCGCUCGGCUCAUUAGGGUACUGAAACUGCAUGGCAGAAAAUCAGCAGAUGUUUUUAUAUUAAAUCUUGCCUGAAGGAAUACAGAGCUGUGACACACUGAGGGUGGAACUGCAGGAGGCACCAGGAGGGGAGAAGACGUCAAAGCAGGCCUUUCCCCACUGAAUAUCCUGCCACUGAUGUCCAGUCCCUGUGACUGUUCACCUGGAUUGUUUUCCCACUGCCUGAUAAAUCUUUGUUUAUCAUGAGGACAUUUAUGAUAUCCCGGAUUCCUCAGUGCUUGCAGAUUCUGAGGUCUCCUUCCAGACUUUUCCAUGGAUGUAACAGGCUCCGCACAUCCCAGAUUAUUUCAUAUUAUGACUCUGUAAACCGGUGUGAGAAGGAACUACCCAAAUAUUUCAACUUUGCCAGCGAUGUCCUGGAUGAGUGGCUGCAACUGGAAAAGGAUGGAAAGAGACCGGCAAACCCAGCUUUUUGGUGGGUAAAUGAUGAAGGGGAGGAGGUGAAGUGGAGCUUUGAAGAGCUGGGAUUUCUGUCCAGGAAAACAGCCAACAUACUGUCUGAGGUGUGUGGUUUGCAGAAAGGAGACAGAGUUCUGGCAGUUCUGCCUCGUGUCCCUGAGUGGUGGCUACUGAGUAUAGCCUGCAUCCGGGCAGGAAUUGUCUUUAUUCCAGGAACAUCCCAACUAACAGCCAAAGAUAUUUUAUACCGACUCCAAGCUUCAAAGGCCAAGUGCAUCAUUACCAAUGACACCCUGGCACCUGCAGUGGAAUCUAUCUUGCCUGAAUGCCAGUUUCUGAAAGCCAAAUUAAUUGUAGCCAAAGGGAACAGAGAUGGGUGGCUCAACCUCAAAGAACUCUAUGCGGUGACAUCUGCUGACCACAAAUGCAUUAAGACAAGAAAUGAUGACCCAAUGCUCAUCUAUUUUACCAGUGGAAGUACAGGCUCUCCAAAAAUGGUGGUGCAGUCCCACAGCAGUUAUGGCAUCGGAUUUGCAACCAGUAGCAGGCAUUGGAUGAACUUGACUCCCUCAGAUAUAAUGUGGAAUACCUCUGAUACUGGCUGGGUAAAGGCAGCUUGGAGCAGCAUUUUUGCACCAUGGAUCAGUGGAUCUUGUGUUUUUGUUCACAAUAUGCCACAGUUUAAACCAACAGUCAUUGCAGAAACUCUCUCAAGAUACCCUAUCACCGUCUUCUGCACUGCCCCCACUGCCUACCGUAUGCUUGUCCAACAUGAUGUGAGCAGCUACAAAUUCAUGACUGUGAAACAUUGUCUAUCUGGAGGAGAACCACUCAAUCCUGAAGUGAUGGAGAAGUGGAAAAUCCAAACAGGGCUGGAUAUCUAUGAAGGCUAUGGCCAGACUGAAACAGUAACAAUAUGUGCCAAUAUGAAAGGAAUGAAGAUUAAACCCGGCUCUUUGGGAAAAGCUGUCCCACCUUAUGAUGUGCAGAUCAUAGAUGACAAUGGGGCUGUUCUGCCCAAAGGAGAAGAAGGCAACAUUGCUGUCAAAGUUCAACCUUCACGACCCUUCUGCAUGUUCUCUGAGUACUUGGAUAAUCCAGAGAAGACUGCUGCCUGCAUCACCGGAAACUUCUAUGUCACUGGGGACAGAGGGGUUAUGGAUGAAGAAGGAUAUGUCUGGUUUGUUGGAAGAUCCGAUGAUAUAAUUAAUUCUGCUGGGUAUCGUAUAGGUCCAUUUGAAGUUGAAAGUGCAUUAAUACAACACCCAGCAGUCUCAGAGUCAGCUGUUGUCAGCAGUCCUGAUCCAAUUCGAGGGGAGGUAGUCAAAGCCUUCGUUGUUUUAGCUCCUGCUUUUGCAUCACACGACCCAGAAGAGCUGACUCGUGAUCUUCAGCAACACGUCAAAAAGGUGACUGCUCCUUACAAGUACCCCAGGAAGGUGGAGUUUGUUCAGUCUCUGCCAAAGACAGCGACGGGGAAAAUCCAGAGAAAAGUUCUAAGAAACAAAGAAUGGGGAAAAGCAUAACAGUAUCUGAAAAUGGAGGAGAGAAAACUUCCGUCAUCCACAUCAGCCAAAUCAUGGUGUUUGGACUUGGCAUAUUAUCACAAACCACAGCACUAAGAGAAUGUAUGGAAGAACAGGGAGCAAAAAUGGAGGCUCGUAUAACCUGAGGAUGUGUGAUAUGAGAACCACGUCUACCAUCAACCCACAAUGGGAACCCAGAUGGGAAAAGACACGAAUAAUUGAAAAUGUGGUAUGAGAGAGGAGAGAGUGACCCAAGACUGCAUGGAAGUUUAAUUUUUUUUACUGCAAUUAAUAUAAACAUCAGAUUCCUUUAAAAAAAAUCAUAAUAAUAAAGGUCCACUGCAAUUUUGACCAUUACAAAUAAAUGAGAAAUUAGUAAAAGUAA